GCUACUCUUUGCGUAACCGACGUAGCGUGUGGCAAUGCUACUAAAAUGAAAUGCAGCGCCACUGUCCAUGCACUUUUACUGCUUUUACUCUGGCAUUGCCGGUCUUGUGCAGCCGUUAAGCCCGCCGAAUCCGAAAACCAUAGAGUUGCCGAAAACUGCUGUUGUUGGUCGAAGUUACAGCGUUACAGGCUACUAUAAUCGUAGUAUAUAUCGUAGUGAAGCGACUUAAAAAUGCAUGAUGUCGAAGGUUUCCUCAACAAGCUUGGGCAGAUUCGUACAAAAACUAGACAAAUUGCGCACAAGGCCGAAGCUGUGCUGCGUAGACAACAGUCGAUGGUGCCUGAACUUCGCAACAAGAAGGACGCGUGGAUACUUGAGCAACAAAGACGCAAGAAGGAUGAAAUCGAAGAUUUGGUGGAUUUGAUGCGGCGUUACCAGCAGAUGUUGGAAAUGGAGAAGCGGGAUGUAGAACACAUGACUGCCCUUGCCGACAUUUGCGACAAGAAACAGAAGCGCCUGGAACUGCACACGUUGGCUAUACAGCUGCACAACCAGCUGCAAGCAAGGUCAGCAGGAUUGGAGAAUUUUGCGGAUCUUGCUGCCAAUAUGGCCGGAUUGAAACUUAUACGAAUACCUGGGCGUGGCUACCGGAUCUGCCUUACCUUACUGGACCCACGCCAGCCUCAACGCUGCUGCAGCCUCCUGUUGCUUCUUGACAGUGAAGGCAAAUACAAAGCGUCCGAGUGUGAACCUGCUCUGGCCAGCUUGGAUGAACUUGUGACCGAGCUGCGGCAAACGUGCAACCUGACGCAGUUUGUACAUCGUUUACGUCGGGAAUUCAAGAAACUCUUGCUUGCACACCCACCUUCUGCAGAGACAGCGCAGAUUGAGCACAACGAUGCUGUAGCCUCUGCAUAGUAUCAUCUUCCCGAGGUUAAGCCAAUUUUGUAAUGAAAUAUUAAUGUACUUCAGGACAUAAUUUCCCUUUCUAACAGUUUCUCGGCGAAUGCUUUUGUAUCGAUAAGUUCUUUUCAAAUUGUAACAGUGCAAGCAGAUUACUGCUGCUGCCAAACCAUUCGAGUACUUUAUUCAAGACAACUCUGCUGUUGUGGACAAAACAUAUCAGUAAAGUGUUAUCAGGCUAGCCAAUGCACUACCUUCAAAAUUGAUUUUAAACGUUGGAGUCCACUUCAGAAUUUCAUCAAAAUAUCUAUAUGUGUCAACUUCUGUGAACAAACAGUGGUACGUGUGCAUAGAACAAUGGUAUUCUUCUCAAAGUUCCUUCAGCGGUGUAUUCUUACAUUUUUUUUAUACGUUCACUUUAAAUUCAUAAGGGUCUUUUAGUUAUGCAGAUUUAUUCAGGAAAAGGAAAGGUCUAGCUUGUUUUUGUGUGACUUAUGUUGCACUGCUUGCAACCAUGGCAUCUACGUUUCUGGGCGCCAUGUACUAAACUAGCAAAACCUCACGAUAGUACAACCUGCUUUGUUGCCGUGCGACUUUGCAUAAAACUUUAUCUGUAAUAUAGCUAAAUACACCUUUUGGAAGUAAUGUUUAAAAUUUGUUGGCUUUUUUCACUGCAUGGAAUAUAUGAUGAAGACAUACAUGGUAUUAUUUCCAGGCGACCAGCUGAAGCAAGUGUUCCAAUUUGGAGAGCACCGAUAAAUAGCACAUUUAAGCAGAGCCAUCGACAAGCAAAGGCCUAUUGAACAAUGCUGCUGCUGAUGAAAGCAUUCAGUUUGAUUGCAACUACGAACACAUUGGUGAUGAUGAUCAACGGUCGUAAAGACAAGGAUGAACACAUUGAAGUAGAGCAGUGGCCAAGGAAAUGGGCCUUGAUUGGUGAUAAUCAUGAUGAUGAUGAAAGCAUUGAACAUAAAAAUUGACACAUUGAUGAUGGUGAUAAUGAAUCAGAUUAAUGAAAGUGCUGAAUUGGAGCCAUUAGCAAGUGGCCACAUGAAUGGUUAGGAUAACAAUGAUUAUAUUAAUUAGCUUAUCGAACUGAUGACAAUGGUGUUAAUUAUGAUAAGUAGUGAUAAUGACUAAUGUGUUCAAACAGAGCCGUCGGCAAGUAAAUUUCCCAUGUAUGAUGAAGUAUGGUGAGCCUGGCGUAAUUUGUGUUCCCGGCGUCCACAUAUGUUGACACUCGUUGUUUUUUUUUUAAAUAAAGCUAAAUUUUCCAUCCA